AUGGCGCAAUCUGUGCUAGACGAGGAAAAGGGUAUUCAAUCCCCUCCAAUUGUCGAAGCCUCACCUGAAGAUGCGACCAAAGAUGCGCCGGUCGGGGCUGGUUCUCCAUCGCCGGUCGGUGGAGCUUUCAGCCGAUUCAACGCCCGGCUUACUUCGAUGAAAAUAUUCGAAUCCCGCGGCAUUGAACGCGUCCCCAUUGAGGAGCGCCAUGAUAUUAAGGCUGCCGAUUAUAUGCAGAUGACCCUCUUGUGGUUCAGCACUAAUAUUACUGCUAACAACAUGGCUGUGGGUAUGCUGGGCCCACUAAGCUAUGAUCUCGGUUUUGUCGAUUCCGCUCUCUGUGCUACUUUCGGCGCUUUGCUGGGAGCCGCUGGUGUCGCUUAUAUGGGGACUUUUGGUCCAGCGAGUGGUAAUCGUACUAUGGUUGUCGCAAGAUACUUUAUGGGUUAUUACCCUAGUAAAAUUGCUUGCCUGCUCAAUAUCGUUAUCAUGCUGGGAUAUGGUAUGAUUGACUGUCUUGUUGGCGGGCAAGUUUUGUCCGCUGUUUCUGGAGGUCGGAUGACCGUCAUCGUCGGUAUUAUCAUUAUCGCCAUCAUGACCUGGGUGGUGGUUCUGUUCGGUAUGACGAUAUUCCACAUUUAUGAGAGUGCAGGCCCCAAGUUCGACACCACAAUCAGUUCAACCGGCUCAUCUGAGACGAUUGCCGGUAAUCGUCUCUCGUUCUUCUCUCUUUGCUUAUCGGCUUCCGUCGCCUGGGCUCCUGCGGGCGCUGAUUUCUUCGUCUACUUCCCACCGACCACCUCAAAAUGGAAGACUUUCCUCAUGACUUUCCUGGGAGUAGGAUUAGCUUUGACAUUUGCCAACGUCAUGGGUGUCGGCCUGGGAUCUGGUACCUUCACUCACGAAAGCUGGAACACGGCCUACGAUACUUCAUCCGGAGCUCUCAUUCUAGCAGGCUACGAGGGACUCGGCGGAUUCGGGAAGUUCAUGAGUGUGCUAGUUGCUCUGGGCCUCGUUGCCAAUAAUAUUCCUGGCACUUAUUCCGCCUCCCUGGGAUUCCAGAUUAUGGGUCGUCAGUUGGCCCGCCUUCCGCGGUGGUUCUACUCGUGUGUUGGUGUUGUCAUUUACACUGCUUGUGCACUUGGCGGUCGGAAUAAUUUGUAUGAUAUUUUCUCUAACUUCUUGUCACUUAUGGGGUAUUGGGUUACCAUCUACCUCAUGAUCGCGGUUGAGGAGCAUCUUAUUUUCCGUCGCACAAGGGGGUUCAACUGGGAUGCGUGGGCUGAUCCGUCCCGGCUGCCGAUCGGAAUUGCGGCUUUGGCGGCGUUCCUUAUCGGUUGGGCCGGAGCUAUUGUUUCUAUGUACCAGAUUUGGUAUGUUGGUCCUAUUGCGAUUAUGGUUGGAGAAUAUGGAGCGGAUCUGGGGAUCUGGGUCGGUGUUUCGUGGGCGAUGUUGGUGUUUCCGCCUAUGCGCUGGUUGGAGCUGAAGAAGUUCAAUCGGUGA